AUGACCAGCCCGAAGCUGGUGACGAAUCCGGAAUUUAUGUCCAAUGGGAAUACCGAAAACGAUUUGAGCGCUGCUGUUGGUCAGCAAUCCUUCUUCAACUCUGGUUCCCUAGACCGAAAUGGCGCUUGUGCUUGUCUUCUGACUGCCAUAUCAAGUCUUGUGACGACUGCAAAGGUGGUCAUGGAGCUGGAGCUACCCAGAGAUCAAUGGAGUUCAAUGCCUCACAAGAGUGGACCGGAUAUGGGCGAGUAUCCCCUCCAGAUCUAUCCAAACUGUAUCGACUCAAAUCUCCAACCGCAUGACCGCGGCAGCUCAAUUGAAUGGGAGAUGGGCCACAAGAUGGACGGCAUGGACCGGCGAUCUAACCGAGUACAACAAGCUAUGAUUAAUAGCGAGAGCAUUGCGUUCAGCGUUGGAAGAAGGGGAGGCGCCCAUCGCGAUUGCCUGGCCGUCCAACGAGGGGCGUUGGCUGUUGAGCGACGCUCCACGAUGAGUGUGACGGUGGUGGAUGCCAAUUCCAUGAAUGUUGGAUUGCGUCGCGAGGAGUCCUUGUAUCUUCUACGGAAAGCUGUCGGGAACGGCUUUGGCGAUGUCGUGGCGGGUGCGUCAGAGUGGUUCGGUUAG